AUGAAGCGGUUUUCGGCAGCCAUAACGCUGUGGCUCGCCGCUGUAGCUGUAAUUUCACAAAUUAACGCAGAGGAACUCUUUUCCUGUCCUCAUGGUUGGGAAUAUCAAGGAUUAAACUGCUACAAGUACUUCAAUAUUAAACUAUCAUGGGAGAAAGCAGCUGAACUUUGUCGGAGAUAUGGUGCCGAGCUAGUUGCUGUCGAUUCGUAUGCUGAAAAUAAUGCAACGUUGGCCAUUGCAGCAAACGCUGAAGCUAGUCGUAGAACGUCUGACAAAUAUUGGUUGGGUCUUGCAUCGCUCGAUGAUUUGAGAACUAACACAUUAGAGUCAGCAUCGGGAGCCCUCGUGUCUCAAUACUCAGGUUUUUGGGCUUUGAAUCAGCCAGAUCCGUUAGCUGGAGAAUGUGUUGCAGUUUCCAGUCACAGUGCCAUUCAAUCUUGGGAGUUAGGAACUUGCGAAAGUUUAUUGCCAUUCAUGUGCAAAGCACCAGCAUGUCCGUCAAAUUCAAUUCAUUGUUCCAAUGGAAAAUGUGUCAAUCAAGCUUUUAAGUGUGACGGCUCCGAUGAUUGUGGCGACGGAAGUGAUGAAUUGGAUUGCCCUCAAUCAUGUCACUUCUGGAUGCAAUCAGGUGGCGAUGUUAUUGAAUCACCAAACUUCCCGCAAAAAUACGGCGCAUUAUCGAAAUGUAAAUGGACAUUGGAAGGUCCACAAGGCAGCAACAUAAUUUUGCAAUUCCAAGAGUUUGACACAGAGAAGACUUUUGAUACUGUUCAGAUUCUUGUUGGUGGACGUACCGAAGAGAAAUCAGUGUCUUUGGCAACAAUUUCCGGUAAGCAACCUGAUCUGACGAAUCAACCAUACGUGACAGCAUCAAAUUUCAUGAUUGUGAAGUUUACAUCAGACGGAGGUGUAGAGAGAAAAGGUUUUCGCGCAACGUGGAAGACGGAACCACAAAACUGUGGUGGAACUUUACGUUCCACUGUGCAAGGUCAAAUAUUGACAAGUCCGGGAUAUCCCAAGAAUUAUCCUGGUGGACUUGAAUGUCUCUACAUAAUCGAAGCACAAGCUGGAAAAAUCAUUUCAUUAGAAAUUCAAGAUCUUGACGUUAAUCAUGAACGAGACUAUUUGUUGAUUCGCGAUGGAAGUUCUCCAAUGAGUAAACCUAUUGCUAAGUUAACUGGUCAAGCCAAGGACAAUGUAAAAGUUGUAAUAUCAACUGGCAAUAAAUUAUAUCUUUACUUCAAAUCAAGUCUCGGAGAUUCCAAAAAAGGUUUCAGCAUUCGUUACACUCAAGGAUGUAAAGCAACAAUCAAUGCUAGAAAUGGAACUGUCAGUUCACCAGCCUUUGGCUUGGAUGAUUAUCCAAAUAACCAAGAAUGCUUGUUUAAGAUUCAAAAUCCCGCUGGAGGUCCACUCUCACUUCGAUUCGAUGAGUUUAAAGUUCAUCCAAGUGAUUUUGUUCAAAUUUAUGAUGGAUCAACAACUAAUGGAUUGAGAUUACAUUCUGGUAAUGGCUUCACUGGGUCACAAAUACCAAAACUAACUUUGACAGCAUCAUCAGGAGAAAUUCUUGUUAAAUUCACUUCUGAUUCUUUGCACAGUUCCAAAGGAUUUUCAGCAACAUUUUCAGCCGAUUGUCCCGAUCUUAAACCAGGUGCUGGUGCUUUAGCUUCCAACCGAGAUACAGCUUUCGGCACAAAUGUUCAAUUCACUUGUCCCCUUGGACAGGAAUUUGCUACUGGAAAAAACAAAAUCUCGACUGUUUGUCAGAAAGGUGGAGUUUGGAGUUUAGAUUACAUUCCAAAAUGUCAAGAAGUGUAUUGUGGACCAGUACCACAGAUUGACAAUGGAUUCUCUAUUGGAUCAACAAAUGUAACAUUCCGAGGUGUUGCUAUGUACCAAUGUUAUGCUGGAUUUGCUUUUCCAACUGGCAAUGCAAUUGAAAAGAUUUCCUGCUUAUCUGAUGGCAGAUGGGAACGAACGCCAUCAUGUUUAGCAUCACAAUGUCCAUCAUUAGCUGAAGUCGCACAUGCAAAUGUUACGUUAUUGAACGGCGGUGGUCGAAGUUAUGGAACAAUUAUUCGUUUUGAAUGUGAACCGGGUUACGAACGUCAUGGAUUGCCAGUUUUGAUUUGCAUGUCAAAUGGAACGUGGAGUAGUGAAGUCCCAACAUGUACACGCAAACGUUGUUAUACAUUCCCAAGCGUUAAAAAUGGAUUCAUUGUUGACACGACACGCCAAUAUUUCUAUGGUGAUGAGGCUCGAGUUCAGUGCUACAAGGGAUUCAAGCUCAAUGGUACAAACAUUAUUAAAUGUGACACUGAUCAGUCAUUCCGUAAUCCGCCUACAUGCGAUGAUAUUAAUGAAUGUAGCACAUCGCAAUGCGAUUUAGCUUCAACUGAAUGCAUGAACACACCUGGAUCGUUCUUCUGUCAAUGUAAAAAAGGUUUUGCACCCACAAAUGAAUGUAGGCCCGUAACUGACUUGGGAUUGUCGACUGGUGGUGUCCCCGAUGACAGCAUCAUUGUCUCAUCGACUGAAGAUGGAUAUAACAAAAAUAUGAUUCGACUUAAUUCUCUUGGAUGGUGCGGAGCUUCACUUGAACCUGGUCAGAAUUGGGUUUUAGUUGAUUUAAAAGCACCAACUUUGAUUCGUGGUUUCCGAACAAUGCAUGUACAACGGCUCGAUGGGACUGUCGCUUUUUCAUCUGCAAUUCGUCUCCAAUACACAGAUGAUUUGACAGAUGUUUUCAAGAACUACGCUAAUCCCGAUGGCACUGCUGUUGAGUUUAGAAUUCUUGAGCCAACAUUAUCCAUUUUGAAUCUUCCAAUUCCAAUUGAAGCCCGUUACAUUCGAUUCAAGAUUCAAGAUUUCUCAGUUGCACCAUGUUUGAAACUUGAAGUCAUGGGAUGUACACGACUCGAUUGUGUUGACACUAAUGAAUGUGCUAAAGAGAAUGGCGGUUGUGACCAGAAAUGCGUCAAUUCACCUGGAAGUUUUUCAUGUUCUUGUAAUGCCGGUUAUCAACUUUACGCAGAGAACGGAACUGCUGGAUUUGCAAUAGAAAAAUCUGAAAGUGGGGCGAAAGACGGCGACACUUAUCAACUCAAUAAAUCUUGUGUUCCUGUUCGUUGUCCCGAUCUUGAAGCGCCUGAAAAUGGUCAAUUGCUGUCAAGUAAACUUCAACAUAACUUUGGUGAUCUGAUUCGUUUCCAAUGUAACUUUGGCUACAUCAUGUCCGGCAGUUCUUCACUUCUCUGCAUGUCAAAUGGAAAAUGGAAUUCAACAGUUCCCGAAUGCAUGUAUGCCAAAUGCGUUUCACUUCCCGAUGACAAGAAUGAGGGCCUUACGGUUUUGAGAACUGACCAGGAAAGCAUUUUGGUGCCUUUUAAGGAAAACGUAACAAUAACUUGUAACUCACCUGGAAGACGGUUACGAAAUACUGCGUCAUCUUCAUUCAGACAAUGUGUUUAUGAUCCCAAAAUUGGACUUCCCGACUAUUGGCUUUCUGGUCAGCAACCAUCAUGUCCUAGAACUGAUUGUGGUUUACCGGUUCCAACACCUGGUGCCGAAUAUGGACAAUACGCUGACACAAAAUAUCAAAGUUCUUUCUUCUUUGGAUGUCAAAACACUUUCAAGUUAGCUGGUCAAACAUCUCGUAAUGACAACGUUGUCAGAUGUCAAGAAGAUGGUGUUUGGGAUUUCGGAGAUUUACGAUGUGAAGGUCCAGUGUGUGAAGAUCCUGGCAGACCUUAUGAUGGAUUCCAAAUUGCAAAGAGUUAUGAACAAGGCUCGGAAGUUACAUUUGGUUGUGCACGACCUGGUUAUAUUCUCAUCAAUCCAAGACCAAUAACUUGUGUUCGACAACCAGAAUGCAAAGUAAUUCGACCGUUGGGAUUAGCUUCAGGAAGAAUCCCAGACAGUGCCAUCAACGCUACAUCUGAACGACCAAACUACGAAGCUAAAAACAUUCGCUUGAAUUCAGUGACUGGUUGGGGUGGCAAACAAGAAGCUUUCACUUAUGUUAGUGUUGACAUGGGCAAAGUUUAUCGUGUCAAAGCAAUUUUAGUUAAAGGUGUUGUGACAAAUGACAUUGUUGGACGACCAACAGAAAUUCGUUUCUUCUACAAGCAAUCGGAAAGUGAAAAUUAUGUGGUUUACUUCCCCAAUUUUAAUCUAACUAUGCGUGAUCCUGGAAAUUAUGGUGAACUUGCGAUGAUCACAUUACCGAAAUAUGUUCAAGCGAGAUUUGUCAUUCUUGGAAUUGUUUCUUACAUGGAUAAUGCUUGUCUUAAAUUUGAAUUGAUGGGUUGUGAUGAACCAGAAAAGGAGCCAACACUUGGAUAUGAUUAUGGAUAUUCACCAUGUGUUGACAAUGAACCGCCAAUCUUCCAGAACUGCCCACAACAACCAAUCGUUGUGAAACGAGAUGAAAAUGGCGCAGUGAUGGCUGUGAACUUUACCGAACCAACAGCAAUCGACAAUUCUGGUUCAAUUGCACGUUUAGAAGUGAAACCUCAAAGUUUCAAGAGUCCAUCUUACAUUUUUCAAGAUACUGUUGUGAAAUACGUUGCAUUCGAUCAUGACGGUAACGUUGCCAUUUGUGAGAUUAACAUAACAGUGCCUGAUGUAACGCCACCACUACUCAGUUGUCCCCAAAGUUAUGUCAUUGAAUUAGUCGAGAAACAAAGCAAUUACAUGGUAAACUUUAAUGAAACUAGAAAGCAGAUCAAGACGUCCGAUGAAUCAGGAGAAGUUCGCUUGACAUUCAUUCCCGAACGUGCAAAUAUUGUGAUUGGAACUUUUGAGAAUGUUACCGUUAUGGCGACAGACAAGUUUGGCAACAAAGCAAUGUGUCAUUUCCAAGUUUCUGUUCUUCCAACUCCAUGUGUUGAUUGGGAACUUCAACCACCGGCAAAUGGACAAAUUAAUUGCUUGAAGAAUAAGAAGAUGGGCGUUGAUUGUAUUGCUACUUGCAAAACUGGCUUCCGUUUUACUGACGGCGAAGCAAUAAAAUCAUUUGGAUGUGAAGCGCAACGUCUGUGGAAACCAACAUCGGUCGUGCCUGAUUGCGUAUCAGAAAACACUCAACAAGCUGAUUAUCAUGUCACCACAUCCAUGACAUAUCGAGCUAACGGUGUUGUGGCUUCAACGUGUUUGAACGCAUAUCAAGAUAAAUUGGCACAACAUUAUGGAAAUUUAAAUCAACUACUUUCAUCACGUUGUUCUGCGGUUAAUGUCAAUAUGAAUGUUUCAUUUGUCAAGUCGAUUCCUUCCCUCUUGGAAGAAAAUGUCGUGAAAAUUGAUUUCGUUUUGGUCAUCAUUCCAGCUAUUAAACAACCACAAUUGUUUGAAUUUUGUGGAUCUUCCUUAAACUUGAUCUUUGAUUUGAGUGUUCCAUCAGCAAGUGCUGUAAUAGAGCCAUUGUUGAAUGUGUCAAGCAUCGGCAAUCAAUGUCCACCACUUCGUGCUUUAAGAAGCACAAUUUCCCGUGGAUUCACAUGUAGUGUUGGCGAAGUUCUUAAUAUGGAUACAACUGACGUUCCACGUUGUUUGCACUGUCCAGCUGGUACAUUUGCUGGUGAAAAUCAAAAUUCAUGCACAUAUUGUCCACGUGGCUUCUAUCAAAAUCGUGAUCGACAAGGACAAUGCAUUAAAUGUCCAGCAGGAACUUACACAAAAGAAGAAGGUUCUAAAGCAAUACAAGCUUGUAUCCCUGUUUGUGGUUUCGGAACUUAUUCGCCAACUGGUCUCGUACCUUGCUUGGAAUGUCCACGCAAUUCUUACACUGCUGAACCACCGACUGGCGGAUUCAAAGAUUGUCAAGCAUGUCCAUCGAACUUUUACACAUUCCAACCAUCAGCUGCAGGAAAGCACAAAUGUCGAUCGAAGUGUGUACCAGGAACUUAUUCAUCAACUGGCUUAGCGCCUUGUUCUCCAUGUCCACAAAACUUCUAUCAGAAUCUUCCUGGUAUGUCAACAUGUAAUGAAUGCCCGACAAAUAUGAAAACUGACAACAUUGGAUCAACUGGUCGAGAAGAAUGUAAAGCAGUGACUUGUGGUGAUAACGCAUGUCAACAUGGUGGUCUUUGUGUUCCUAUGGGACAUGGCAUUCAAUGCUUCUGUCCAGCUGGUUUUACAGGUCGUCGAUGUGAAACUGACAUUGAUGAAUGUUCAUCUCAACCAUGCUUUAAUGGUGGUGUUUGCAAAGAUUUACCACAAGGAUAUAAAUGUGAAUGUGCUGCUGGUUACACUGGAAUUAAUUGUCAGGAAGAGAAAUCAGAUUGUCGUAAUGACACAUGCCCAGCUAGAGCCAUGUGUAAAGACGAACCAGGAAGAGGAAACUUCACAUGUCUAUGUCGAAGUGGAUAUACUGGUGGAAAUUGUGAUGUGACCAUUGAUCCAUGUACAGCCAAUGGUAAUCCAUGUGGAAAUGGUGCAUCAUGUACGGCAUUGCAACAAGGUCGAUUCAAAUGCGAUUGUGUACCAGGUUGGGAAGGUCAAACAUGUCAAAUAAACACCAACGAUUGUGCUGAGAAUCCUUGUCUCUUGGGUGCCAAUUGUACUGAUUUAGUGAAUGAUUUCGUCUGUUCAUGUCCACCAGGCUUCACUGGAAAGCGAUGUCAAGAGAAAAUUGAUUUAUGUUUAUCGGAACCAUGCAAACAUGGAACCUGUGUCGAUCGCUUGUAUGCACAUGAAUGUGUUUGUCAUCCAGGAUGGACUGGAAAAUCUUGCGACAUCAACAUCAAUGAUUGUGCUAUUGAACCAUGCGAGAAUGAUGGAAUUUGUAUCGACUUAGUUGACGGUUAUCAAUGCAAUUGUGAUGCUGGAUAUACUGGAAAGAACUGUCAACAUCACAUUGAUGAUUGUGCAAGCAAUCCAUGUCAAAAUGGUGCAACAUGCCUUGAUCAACUUGAAGGCUUCACUUGUAAAUGUCGUCCAGGAUUUGUUGGACUUCAAUGUGAAGCUGAAAUCGAUGAAUGUUUAAGUGAUCCUUGCAAUCCAACUGGAACUGAAAGAUGUUUAGAUUUGGAUAAUAAAUUCUCUUGCGUGUGUCGAGACGGCUACACAGGUGAAAUGUGUGAGACUGACAUUGAUGAUUGUGAAACUGCACCAUGCUUAAAUGGUGGCAUUUGUGGUGAUCGUGUUGGAUCUUACGAAUGUUCAUGCCCUGAUGGAUGGGCUGGAAAAAGAUGCGAACAAGAAGUUGCAAUGUGUUCAAUUCAACAACCGUGUCAAAAUGAUGCUGCUUGUAUUGAUUUGUUCCAAGAUUUCUUCUGUGUUUGUCCAAGUGGAACUGAUGGAAAGCAAUGUGAAACCGCACCAGAAAGAUGCAUUGGAAAUCCUUGUAUGCACAAUGGAAAGUGUCGAGAUUUUGGAAGUGGAUUGAACUGUUCAUGUUCUGAUGACUACACCGGUGUUGGAUGUCAAUAUGAAUUUGAUGCUUGUGAGAAUAACGUUUGUCAAAAUGGUGCAUCAUGCGUUGACAAUGGCAUUGGUUACACUUGCAAAUGUCCACCUGGAUUCACCGGCAAGAAUUGUGAAGAUGAUAUCGUUGACUGUAAAGAUAAUUCAUGUCCACCUGGUGCAACAUGCAUCGAUUUAACUGAGAAAUUCUAUUGUCAAUGUCCAUUUAAUCUCACUGGCGAUGAUUGCAGAAAAACAAUUCAAGUUGAUUAUGAUUUGUACUUCAGCGAUUCGUCACGAUCAACAGCAGCUCAAGUCGUUCCUUUCCACACAAGCGAAACUGAUAGUUUGACAAUUGCUUUGUGGGUACAAUUUGCACAGAAAGAUGAUACUGGAAUUUAUUUCACACUUUACGAAGUUGGAUCGCCACAUGUUCCAACUAAACGUCGAUUAAUGUUACAAGCACAUUCGAGUGGAAUUCAAGUUUCACUCUUCCCUGACAUCCAAGACGCUUUUCUAUCAUUUAAAGAGUACACUUUGAUUAAUGAUGGUCAAUGGCAUCAUGUCGCUGUUGUAUGGAAUGGAAAGAAUGGACAUUUGAUGUUAAUAACUGAAGGCUUAAUUGCAAGCAAAGCAGAAUAUGGAAUGGGAAAGACAUUACCACAAUAUGCAUGGGCUGUGUUAGGAGUGCCACAACCAGAAGAAGAUGAUCAAGGUCUUGCUCUUACCUACACUGAAGCUGGUUUCCAAGGCCGCAUUACAAAAGCACAAAUAUGGGGACGUGCCUUAGACACAACAUCAGAAAUUCAAAAGCAAGUUCGUGACUGUCGAAGUGAACCAGUUUUAUACAAUGGUUUGAUUCUCAAUUGGGCUGGUUAUGAGAUUACAUCUGGUGGUGUUGAACGUUCUGUUCCAUCAUCAUGUGGAUUAAGAAAAUGUCCAUCAGGCUAUUCAGGAUCUCAAUGCAAGCAACUUGAAGCUGAUAAAGAAGCACCACGUGUUGAAUAUUGUCCAGGAGAUUUGUGGAUUAUCGCAAGAAAUGGUUCAGCAGUUGUCAAUUGGGAUGAACCUCAUUUUAGUGACAAUGUUGGUGUUACGAAGAUCAUUGAAAAGAAUGGACAUCGUUCGGGACAAACUCUGCUCUGGGGUGCUUACGAGAUCAGUUACAUUGCAUCAGAUGCUGCUGGAAAUUCAGCUACAUGCAACUUCAAAGUGUCUUUACUCGCAGAAUUCUGUCCACCACUUGCUGACCCUCUUGGUGGUUCACAAAGUUGUAAAGAUUGGGGAGCUGGUGGACAAUUUAAAGUUUGUGAAAUUUCUUGUCAAACAGGCAUGAGAUUUUCUGAACCUGUGCCAGAGUUUUAUACUUGUGGUGCUGAAGGUUUUUGGAGACCCACAAUGGAUCCAUCAAAGCCUUUAGUUUACCCAUCAUGUUCACCAUCAAAACCAGCACAACGUGUCUUCAAGAUUCAAAUGUUGUUCCCAUCUGAUGUGCUUUGUAAUGAAGCUGGACAAGGAGUAUUGAGACAACGCGUUAAGAAUGCUGUCAACUCAUUAAACAGAGAUUGGAACUUCUGCUCUUAUUCAGCUGAAGGUUCAAGAGAAUGCAAAGAUAUCAACAUUAAUGUAAAGUGUGAUCAUUAUCGUGGUAAUAGUCGCAUUAAGAGACAAAAUAAUCGCGAAUCAGAACUUGGUGGCGUUUAUAAUUUGGAAGCUGAAAUUCCAGUUGAACGCAAUGAUGCAUUGGAGCUGAGAAACCGUAAUGGAAGACAACAGAAUGGUGACACUUACACAUUGGAAAUUUCCUUCCCAGCAGUCAACGAUCCAAUUAUUCAUUCAUCAAGUGGUGAACGUUCUUCAGUGAAAGAUCUUCUUCAAAAACUUAUUCUGGAAGAAGAUCAAUUCGAUGUUGAAGACAUCCUUCCAAACACAGUUCCUGACCCAGCAUCACUCUUUCUUUCAUCUGAAUAUGCUUGUCCGAUUGGUCAAGUUGCAGUGAUUCCCGAUUGUGUGCCAUGUGCUGUUGGAACAUUCUAUGAAGUUUCCAAUAAGACUUGUGUUCAUUGUCCACGUGGAACUUAUCAAUCUGAAACGGGUCAAACACAAUGUACAAAAUGUCCAAAUAUUUCUGGACGACCUGGUGUGACUAUUGGUUCAGGUGCACGUUCCGCUGGAGAUUGUAAGGAAAGAUGCCCUGCUGGAAAGUAUCUCGACUCAGACACCGGCCUUUGUCGAUCAUGUGGUCAUGGAUUCUUCCAACCAAAUGAAGGUUCCUUCAACUGUGAAAUUUGUGGAUUGGGACAGACAACGAGAUCAACUGAAGCUAAAUCGCGUGGUGAGUGUCGUGACGAAUGUACAUCAGGUAUGCAACUUGGAGCUGAUGGAAAAUGCGAACCAUGUCCAAAGGGAACUUAUCGUGCUCAAGGCGUUCAACCAGCAUGUCACGCAUGUCCAUUAGGACGAACAACAUUGAAAGUUGGCUCAGCAGCUGUUGAAGAAUGUUCACUUCCAGUUUGUACACCAGGAACGUAUAUUAAUAUGACUAUCAAUGUUUGUAUUGAAUGUCGUAAAGGUUCCUAUCAACCAGAAUCGCAGCAACCUUCUUGCAUUCCAUGCCCACCAAAUCACAGCACUAAAAAUACUGCUGCAACAUCAAAAGCUGAAUGUACAAACCCAUGUGAAACUGCAACAGAAGGUCACCAACAUUGUGAUCCAAAUGCUUAUUGUAUUCUUGUUCCUGAAACCUCAGACUUUAAAUGUGAAUGUAAACCAGGCUUUAAUGGCACAGGCACAGAAUGCACAGAUAUGUGUAAUGGCUUCUGUGAAAACUCAGGACAAUGUGUCAAAGACCUUAAAGGAAAUCCAUCAUGUAGAUGCAAAGGAUCGUUUACCGGUCCAAAGUGUGCUGAACGUUCAGAGUUUGCAUACAUUGCUGGCGGUAUUGCUGCCACAGUUAUCUUUGUUAUUUUCAUCAUCCUACUUAUUUGGAUGAUUUGUGCACGUGCCAGUAAACGAAAAGAUCCAAAGAAAAUGCUUUCACCAGCUGUCGAUCAGACGGGAUCACAAGUGAACUUCUAUUAUGGAGCUCAUACGCCUUAUGCUGAGAGCAUUGCACCGUCUCAUCACAGCACUUAUGCUCAUUAUUACGAUGAUGAAGAGGACGGUUGGGAGAUGCCAAACUUCUAUAAUGAAGGUUACAUGAAAGAAGGAUUACACAGCAAUGGAAAACUUAAUUCUUUAGCAAGAUCUAAUGCUUCACUUUAUGGAACAGCAGGGAAUAAAGAUGAUCUUUAUGAUCGUCUAAAACGACAUGCUUACACUGGCAAGAAAGAGAAAAGUGACAGUGACAGCGAAGGACAGUAGAAAAUGAAUGUAAAAGACUCUAUAGAGAGAUGGAAUCGUUAAAUAAAUAUUUUUAAACUCAAUUAAAUCUGGUCAUGUACACAACUUCUGCUUUUCUUUGCAAGACAUAAACUGAAAGGAACAUCAUUUGCAUAAAAUUAUAUGAAGUUUAAUUUACAUGAAGUUGUCAUGUAAACUUCAAUUCAUUAAUUUUAGUUUUGUAAAGUUUUGACUAUUGAAAGUAGCAUAGUUGAACUAAGAGAUUUGAAAUGUUUCCAAUUUAAAUAUUAUAAUUUGUAAUCAACCGCAAAGUAAUUAAUUACCUGAAUUUAAACUGUUGUCCCAUUUCGUAUAACAUUAAAAUGUGCGAUAUUUACAUUAUUAGCAUCUACUCUCGAUUAAGUUUUCAAGCAUUUAUCAGUAAAAUUUAAUUAGGAGAUUUUCCAUAAUAUCGCACACGAAAGCAUAAGAAAUUUAUUUUUGUUCUUUUAGAUAAGCAAAUUUAAUCUUUAAUUAAAUUUCAAAAUGAAAUGAUUUCAAACAUGUGAAGACAAUCAAUCGUUGGGAUUGUUAUUCACAUAGUUUGAUUUUUAUUUGUCUUGAAAAUGGAAAACAUACUCAUUAAAUUUAUUUAUAAAAUUCUUAAAAGUUGUUCGCUCAUGAAAAAAUAUGUAAUUACUUAUGCUAUAAAACAUAAAACUUAAACAAAGGUUUCAUUUCCAACGAUCAAUUGAAAAUUUAGAACGAGCGAAAUUUACCAUAAAAUAUUUUAUUAGAUGAAAGGAAAUAAGUAAUAACAAAAUUGUUAUUGUAAAGAACUUGUGAAGAUGAAUGAAGGAAAUAAAUUUUAAAAACAAUUAACA